UCUGUCUGGAAGAUUUGUGCAAUCUGUACUUUUCCCUUCUCUUUGAUACACAAACUGCUAUAUAAAACAUCAAGAGGGCAGAGAGAGGACACCAAAGUCUGCGAUAUCCUGCAAGCUGACAGCUGACAUGCAUCUUAUCCAAAAGAAAGCCGCCCUGGGCAUUAAAGGCCUCACCAUCCUCUGCGUUGUGCUCGGCCUGUUCACUAAUGCUGAACCUGCUCAGGAUGCAGAGGGAGAGCUGACCUUUCUAAAGCUGAAACUAGAGUCUUUGAAGGACCGCAUUAGACACCUGUGUAACCAGUACUCCGACCUGGCACACAACUGUUCAGCUCCAGCGAUCAACUGCACAGAGUGUCCUGAUGGGUGGGUUCACGUAGGGGAUCACUGCUUUGUCCUCAGCAAAGAUACCGACGGUUGGCUUAACAGUACGCUCAAAUGUAAGGAUAUAGGCGGACAUCUCGCCAUCUUGACCACCAAAGAAGAGCAUGACGCUCUUGAAAAAGAAGCCAGGAGGAUUGGGACGUUUAACCCAUUCUACUGGCUUGGGCUGACUGACAUUGAGAACGAAGGAAACUGGAAAUGGGUGGACAACUCAACGCUUCAAGUCUCAUUUUGGAACACACUGAAGUCUGAGCCGGAUAACAACGAGUCCGCUGGGAAAGCUGGAGAGGACUGUGCGGUGGUGGACACCCAGAAUCAGAACUGGUACGACGUUCCCUGCUCCUUCCAGUAUCGACGAAUCUGUCAGAUGGACGCCAUCCCGCUAAAGUAGCUCAAGGGGACCUCUACAGGAACGUCACUCAGAAAGAUUUUGAUGCUUUAUUGAAAACAUCUGCUAAUGUUUCUACACAUUACAGUUUUCAUCUUUCCACUUUCAGCAAUAAACUAUACACAAAUAA